AUGAUUUCCAAUGCUGAAUUCGACCCAACAUUCAAUAAACGCAUCCAUACUGAAGACGAGACGAGAGUUUAUGAGUACGACACGCAAUCCAGACAUCAGUUGAGUUGUGCGGUUGAUGGUUGGCGAAGAGUUGUUUAUUGGGGUGAAAAAUCGCGCUACGUUUCCAUACGACUGCCGCAUAUCUCAGAAGUGCUGAGGGCGAAAUUUUUGACUUUUGGAAGGAGAUUAUGUAAAGAAAAAUAUAAGCCCACACACAGGCGUCUUGUUUUACCUCGAAUGUCGCUGUUCCAAUCCAUUAACUACACACGCGGUUCACAUCGACGCGAUGCACGUUACCGGCUCAUACAAGGGCGUGUCUACAAUUUUCUAGAGCGGCCGCGUGGUUUCGUAGCCAUUUGCUAUCACAUUAUGGUAUUCUUUAUGGUGUUCACCUGUCUAGCCUUAAGCAUUUUCGCCACAAUCCCCGAGUUUGAGAGCGGGGCAUCAUUUUCGCUAUAUCGCAUGGAGGUGCUGGUGGUGCUUUGGCUCACACUGGAGUUCGCAGUGCGGUUAUGGUCGGCGGGUGUGCGCUCACGUUAUCAGGGCUUCUUGGGCCGCAUAAAGUUUAUGACUGGCACAUUUUGCGUCAUAGAUACUAUUACCAUCGCCGCUUCAGUGAUCGCUUUGGGGCAGGGUGCGCCACGGCGCGUUUUUGCUACCAGCACUUUGCGUGCACUGCGAUUCUUUCAGAUCUUACGAAUGCUGCGCAUCGAUCGACGCGGCGGUAGCUGGAAACUUUUGGGUAGUGUUGUCUAUGCGCACAGACAGGAACUACUCACCUCGGUUUAUAUCGGCUUUCUCGGCUUGACGUUCUCCGCCUUUCUGGUCUACUUAGUUGAACGGGAUGUGAAUGAGCAGUUUAGCAAUUUUGGCAAAGCUUUGUGGUGGGGUGUGAUAACAAUGUGCACUAUUGGCUAUGGUGACUCAGUGCCAAUCACCUGGCAGGGCAAAGUUAUCGGUUCCAUUGUUACUUUGCUGAGCUACUCGUUCUUUGCGCUGCCUGCGGGCAUUUUGGGUAGCGGUUUCGCUUUGAAAGUUCAACAGCAACAACGCCAGAAACAUAUGAUUAGCCGUUUCCAGCCAGCUGCCGGAUUGAUUCAAGCCGCCUGGCGCUACUAUGCGGCUGAUGAGAACUCCACAGCGGUAGCUACUUGGAAAAUCCAUGAAAUACCAAUACAGAUGCCAAGCCCGACUAGCUCCUUCAAAGUUCAAAGUCCAUUGAGACGUCUGCCUAGUCGCCGUCGCCGCAGCCAAACCAUACAUUAUCCAGCCGAUAUUUUGCAUAUUGAGUCAGCGAAGUCGGGACGUUAUCUCUCGGUCUUCAAUGAUAAAUCUGUGGAGAGCACAGAUGAAGACUAUACGCCAAAAUGCAACACACUGCUGAAGAAACAUAAAAUUGCUAUCAGGUUUAUAAGAAUGCUGAAAUUCAUGGUCGCACGCCGAAAAUUCAAAGAAGCUCUAAAGCCCUACGAUGUGAAGGAUGUACUGGAGCAGUAUGCGGCUGGGCAUGCGGACCUAUUAAUGCGGGUGAAAAACAUACAUGCGAGAUUGGAUCUUAUAUUGGGCGGUAAGCGUGCGCCAAAAAUAAAAGAUGCCACUAAAAUUUGUUUGGCUUCCAGAGUGGUGAAGGUGGAGAGACAAGUCUGCAAUAUUGAAGACAAAUUAGAUCUCCUAAUCAGACAAUAUAUGGAGGAUCGCAAACGAAAAGAUAAUGAUAAUGCAGAGGAGUCAAGCUUGACGCCAAUACUCGAAGCCGUCAAUGCGGAGUCGAUCAAUAAGAGGGAAAAGGAAAACAUUUCCGCAGCAGUAAAGGAGGCUAAGAAUGCGAAUAGAUCAAGUCUCCCAACAAUCGUCUAUCAGCCACACCUGCCGGCAAAUAUAAGUUAUCCACCACAUCGCGAUCUAAAGUUACCGCCACCGCAACAGCGGCCCGAUAGUGCAAUAAUAUUUUUAGAUGACAUGGGCAAAGCAAAGGAGGGGCAUAGUUACGAUGAGGAGGAUGAAUACAGUGAAGGUAUCUAUGCUUCGGUGGAAGCGUACUUGGGUUGGACGUGAAGUGGAAGUGAAAAGAGUGAUUAGUAAUCAAAA